AACACAAGGCGGCAGCUAAAAAGAAAGAGAAUAAUGCGUUACUCGUCUUCGCGUGACUACCUCCAAAUUUGGGUAUCUAUUAACCGCUGAAAAUUUGUCUGGGCUUAGUGAUCCGUGGGCGACUCUAUGAGCACUUAUUAUGUUGACGAAAACUUCCCAUUCGCUUCAUUGGGUUACGAACUAGGCAUUUUUGUUAGAGAUUUUCGUUCUGUGGUAAAACGAAGAUAAUUUCACGUCUUAUUCGAGCGACAGUGAAGUUCAGCCAUCGAAUUCGCUAGGUCUCCCUCGACAACGGCAGUUAAAUGAACCGUCGAAAUUGACAUUAUUGACGAUGCAGAUAUUGGGACCCUUUUUAUUCUGAGCUUAAUUCGUCAAUUGCUCGCUGUAAUUGCUGCUUCGUCCCACUGGAUUAGCUGAAAAAACACUAUACAGCACCGCGAGCGGAUCUUUCGUCUUUGACGUAAGACUGGUUCUACAUUGUCUGAAUAUCAAGACCCAUGUGAGUUCACCUCUCGACAGAUAUUAUUGAGAGAAGUCCGUCACUUAGAUUGGUUUUUGUGGCAGACCAGUAUUGCGCCGUUAGCGGGGUUUAUAUAUCACCGAUUAGUCUAAGAUGUAUUCGUUGAACACCGAACUGAACCAUUCUCCGAGGCUGAGCCCUUCUUCGAGCGAAUCUUCGCUGGGUGGAUCGCCUUCGCCCAACGCGAACACGAAGGCACUUGCGGAUAUGGGCGAAAAAACAAUGGCUGAAUUACAACAAGAGAACGUUCGACUGAGGAAAGAAAUUGAUGCCAAGGAAACAAAAUUAAACUCCAGUAUGAGAAGUAUUAAAAUGUUUUGGAGUCCAGAACUGAAAAAAGAGAGAGCAGCGAGGAAAGCCGAAGAAGAUAAAUAUUCUCGACUAAGGGAGCAGCUAAAUGUUGUUUCUGAAGAAUCACAGAAAAAAGCAGAAACAAUUCGAGAUCUGCAGGAACGGUUACAGCAACAGCAAGAACAAACAGAUCGCCUUUCAACUGGUCGGCGAUCCCUCUCUUCUUCAUCACAUUCUGUACAUUCACAGGAUGGAAUUCAGCGCGAGUUAGAACUUUUAAGGGGUGAAAAAGAUCGACAGGAUAAUGAGACAUUUAUACUCCAGAGAUCAUUGGAAGAAUUGAGCUCCAGACUUGAAGCUCAACAGCAAGCUAUACAGGCUAAGGAUGAAACUAUAACUCAGUUAAUGGAAAUGAUCCAAAGCAAUAAAGGACUUGAAUCCAAGCAACUCGAGAUGCAUAAAGAACAGCACAAUGCUGACAAAAAGAAGCUUGCAGAAGCUCUCAAUCAACUUGUUAAACUACGAGAAGAAAUUGAUGAAAGGGAUAGAGCAAUUACAUCCUUGCGAGAGGAAAUUGAUAAUGUUAAAAUCAACAAUGUAAAUGAUGAACUAAAACAAUCUGCAAACCUGUUGGCUAAGGAUAGCCAUAUUGCCGCACUGGAGACACAAAUAAGCCAGCUGGAAGCAGAGAUGGAAAAUCUGAAGGAGAAUGCUAUAGAAGAUGAAAAGAAGAGAUUAGAAGAUAGGAAGCACUCUGAAGUUUACGAAAGCCACUCAAAAUUCAUGAAGACCAAGAUUGAAUCACUUAAAGUGGAUCUAAGUAAGAAAAAUGCAGAAUUAGUGGCAGCAGAAACCAAACUGGAGACACUAAAAGCUCAUCAGGCUAAUCAACAAGAACAUAUUUCUGUGUUGCAAACCUCUUUGUCAGCCAAAGAACAUCACAUCAAGAAUCUCCAGAGUGAGCUGGAGUCUUUGCGUGGUCGGCUGGAUGACAGAGAAGAGUUACUAAGAAUGAAGGAGAAGAAACUGUUGUCAGUGUCCACAGAACAUUCGGAGAAUUACUACGCAGUAGAGAACCUCCAGAGUGUACUGAAUACAAAAGAAAGACAAAUAAACAGUCUCAAACAAAAAUGCGAGUGUCUCGAGAGAGAUCUACGCGAGAAAGAUUCCGCUAUCGUUAGUAUGAAAUCUCAUCUUUCUUCCGUGAAGGCUGAGUUUUCUGGUUCAUCCACUACCAUCACUAAUUUGGAAGCGACCAUCCGCGAGAAGGACAGGCGAAUAGAAAUACUACAGAGUCAACGGCAGCGCAGCGGCGCUGAAAACGAGGAGGAGGUGAACCGAGUCAAACGAUCACAGGAAAAACUGGAAGCGAGAGUUGCAUCUUUGAGAGAACAACUCGCAGAAAAAGACGAGGAUGUUGCUAGCUUAGAGAAACAGAUUUCGUCCUUGAAGACAUCGUUACAAGAAAAAAACACCAAACUGUUAUCCUCUCAAGAAAGAAUUAAACUUUUGGAAGAGAAGAUAGACGAGAAAAUCAGCAAAACAGAUCAAGUGACGUCGGAUCUGAGUAGUAGAAAACUUGAAAUCUCCAUACUGGAAAAAGAUCUCAGAAAACAACAGAUAGAACUCAAGAGCAGAGAAAGCAAAAUGAAGAAACUACAAGAAGAACUGAAAGAACAGAGCGCAAAAGUGAAGGAGUUGUCGGAUGAUUGUGAAGUUAAAGAUCUUAAAAUAAAUGAUUUGGAAAAGCAGCUUAAAGAACAGAGCAAGAAGUUGGUCGGUGUGAAGAGAAAUCAGCAGCUUGAAAGAGAGAAACAAGCCCAGCUGUUGAAUGAGGUCAAGAAACAAGAAGAUCAGAAAGGCGAGACAGCUGAAUUCUUCCAGGGCGAGCUGCAGAAAAAGGAUGAGCGAAUUGCGGUCUUGGAAGAAGCCCUCACUGAAAGCGUGUCCAUUGCUGCUGAACGCGAAGAAUUACUGGCUCAGCAAGCUCAGAACGCCGAGACAGCGGCACAUCGUGUGGAAGACAUGGAGUCGGAAGUGGAAAGAGUUCGGAUAGAGACUGCUGUAACGAACACGAAGAAUGCUUCCUUGGUUCUAGCUUUGAACGAGAAUGAUAUGAUCCUGUCUUACUACAAAACUGAAAGGCAUGGGAUGAUAGAACAGUUAUUAGAAAUGAGGCAAAAUGCUUUACUUGCCACCAUCUCCGAGAAAGACGCUAACAUCGCAUUGCUAGAGUUAUCUCCCACAACUGGAAGUGACGCCGAGGUACGCAAAUUCAAAGCGGAAAAAGACAAAUUGGUGAACGAGCUCAAAGAACAGACUCAAAAGCGAAUGACGCUGUUGUCUAACGAAGAAAACAAAGAAAUUUCUCUCUCCUCCGAACUUGCACAAGCCUCUACAGAAAAGAUAGUGGAAGUUGUGUCGAUGAUGGAGGACAGUAUGGAUAAACUUCAACAAUACGGGGACGAACUUGGGGAGAUCUGUGAGAAGCACUUCCCUGAUAUCAAAAGAAAGAUUCCCAAAACAAAACGACGACAAAUGAGCUCUAUAGACAAGCUAAAAAAUGCCAGUCAAAAGGAGUUGUUAUCCACCCUGCAGACGUUGGAAAGCGACAUGCAGACCCUACAGGACAAUAUACACAAGCUUUUAGAUCUGAUCGACGAUUUCAGCUAUACGUGACUUCUAAGCGUAAGCUUCUUACAACAAGCUAAAGAAGUUAAGGUUUUGCAACAUGUUGUUGUGCGCGCCUUCCAAGGUGGACUUGCACUGCACUUGACCACUGUUAACCGAUAAAAAGUGCUUUUAGAUUUAGUGCAAAAAGUACAGGCCUUUACCUCAACGGAGUAGUUGUCUAAAAGAGUCUAGAAAUUUUUGGGUGGACGUGUGAGUAUGAUUUUAAUCCCUUCAAUCAAAACCUUCAAUUACUAAAGAAAAAAAAACUCUCGAAGAUAAAUUCAUUGGAAAAUGUCCCCCAUGGAGAUCCAUGUUUCCGGCGCAAUCUUUGCAAGAUACGUUGCUUCUCCAUCAAAAGUCCGCCGAACAAACAUCAAUCACUCGCCCCUUUAUGUGAUUAACACGCACAGUACCCUUGGGUUCAUAGCUGAGUGGAAAGUACAUCACAAAACACGCCAAAUAUGUGAUCGUGUGUAAGAAACGUAAAUAUUCCCCCACUAGGGGAAAAACAACCGCUUCUUUACAACUUUUCAGUCAGUAAUUGACAAGAAAACCUUACCGACGCCAGCCACUAAUUGGUUGAAUUAAGUUCACAAUUAAGGUUAACCCGAGAUUCCUGACAUAUUUUGAGAACAAAGUAGGGCUCGGCGCACGGUUUCUGUUUUGGUUUUUUCAUUUUUUUUCCUGUGCUGAAAUUCACAACUUUAUGGUUUGUUUUCCUUUGUUUAUCUAGUGUGCAUAUUAGCUAAUCUUGGUCUAGACAAUUCCAAUUUUAGAUGUACUGCUAAUAUUAACUUGAUCAGCUUAAUUGUUCUUUUUUUGAGAUUGAAAAGGAUCAAGAAAACCGCUAAAGCCAUGUUACUUCGAGUUGAUUCCUCUACAGUUUGCCAAGUUGAGUCCAAUCUGUUGUUUAACGCAGUCCAACUGACGAAGAGUGCUUGAUUGUUUCACUCCAAACAGAACCAGUACAAACAGCUUUUAACCUUUAUUUUCCAUAAAAUUGACUAAUGUGUAACUUCUUACAAUGUUUAUACGUUAUCCAAUUUCAUGCGAUGAGAAUUGACAUUUUUAAAAACUAUCAUUAGAAGGGGCGUUCUUGAUAUAACACUAAAUUCUCCUAACUAAUUUAUUUGGAAAGAAUAUGGCCGCUGUUAGGGAGAAUUGCCAUUCAAAUCUUGGGAAUUGAGAGGUUAAAUUGUCUUCUUAGAGUCAUAGAUUAGUCAUAACGGUGCGAUUGGUUAUUUGUUAGUUGUAACUUAAAACGCAUGCUGCCUCUAGAACAGUAUACCAGUGCUUUUAUUAUGUUCAUGACCCUUUUACACAAACCUUAAUCCAUUAUUUAUGUAGUGCUCGAUUAAAUUUCUCAGUUUCUGCUUAUUGAGUGUACCAAAACGUACCCACCCCUUGAAAGGAGUGCCGCUGUUUGGCGUUUUUGCGUGAUUUCAAGUUUACCCUUGAAGAACAAAGAUCAGAACUCGAGGGAAGAAUUUUUCAUGAAAGAGUCUUGUAAUGACGUCAACCAAUCAAAGUGCAGUGUCGCCAGCUUUUCGUUCUUGCCCUGUCCCGUUUGGGUUGGCUUGCACUUAAAAGUUCCCCAUUUUUCGUCGUCAAAAUUUUAUACGUCAAUUUAAAUACAAGUGUUAGCCGUCAUUAACCCAGUAGGGAGAGAUUAGCGCUUCAAUUCGGUGUUGCUGAAGAGAGAACAAACAACCAAAGCGUUAAAAAGUUAUUUUAGAAUCAAAGUAUUAUAUAAUAUAUUUUGUAAUAUAAAUAUUUCCAAAAAUUAGUAUUUUGCUUGGUUUGUUCCCUGUGUAUAAUCUCAGUCACUUAAUGAUGAGUGUUGAAAAACAAGUGCUUUUACGAAAUGAGUUUAGGAGUUUUAGAAGUCUUUUACCAGGUGGCCUGUUUUAGAGUAUUUUAAGAUUGACAGUUGUUGAGAAUUCAUAAAUAUAAUAAAGCUUAACCGUUUUAAUUUA